CCGUGUCUCUCAGUGAGAGUGAAUUGCAGAAAUUGUGCUUAGGUUUUAUGGAAGAAAACAACAAAGAUGGAACUUGAACCACGAAUUGCAGUGUUACAAGAUUUGCGUUUGCAAUCUUUCGAUUCCAUACGAUUUGCAUCGUAUCGCACAGCAUCAAAGUUGCGACAUAUUCAAAAAUCCACCAAUUUACACCUCGUGGAUAUCUAUAAUGUAAUUGAGGCGUUUCGCGAAAAUGGAUUAAACACCCUUGAGCCACAGAGUGAAGUGAGUGUAGCUCGUCUGGAGACUCUCGUAUCUUCACUCUAUCACAAUUUGAACAAGCGCCUUCCCACGGCUCAGCAAGUCCCGGUGGACUCUAAGGCGAGCCUACUACUCAACUGGCUCUUGGCCGCCUACACCACUGAUAAUUCGGGGAAAAUCAAGGUUUUCUCCAUUAAAGUGGCUCUGGCAACUAUGUGUGCUGGAAAGUUGGUGGAUAAAUUGCGAUAUGUCUUCUCCCAAAUCUCCGAUGGGAUGGGACACUUGCUGCAUUUCAAACUGGGUGAGUACUUAAAGGAAGUUCUCACUCUAACAGCCGCUGUCUAUGAGUCCCCAACAUUUCAUUAUACGGAAAAUCUCGAGACGGAGCUCUUUCCGCUGGAUUCCAAAGUUACCGUCAAUGACUUCAUGGUGGCCCUGAUGUCAGAACCGGGUCCGCCGUGUCUCGUGUGGUUGCCACUGUUGCAUCGGAUGGCCAGUGUGGAAAAUGUUGUACAUCCCACAAUCUGUUCCGUAUGCCACAGAGAGAAUUUUACUGGGUUUCGCUACCGUUGUCAGAAAUGCCAUGCGUAUCAACUGUGUCAGGAUUGCUUCUGGCACGGACGUGUCUCCCUCAGUCAUCUGACUGACCACGAAGUCAAGGAAUAUUCCACCUACAAGUCACCCAGCAAACAAAUUGGUCAUUCGUUGCGCAAGAGUUUUCGCUGUGUACCCGAUAAGCCGACUCAGGCUCUACCACGAUUCCCAGAACAGCCAGAGAAGACUCUAAAUCUCUCUCAUAUCGUGCCACCGUCGCCAUUGCCGUCCCACAAUGGCUUUAGCGAUGCUGGAGCGAUGGCUGGACUCUUUGAGCGGAGUAGCACGCUGGAUUCGAGGGCCACGGGUUGCUCUAUGGAGAGUGCUGGGACGUCGCUGAACAGGGCGGCUGUGAUGUCAAAUGAUGAGGAGCACAGACUGAUUGCACGCUAUGCAGCCCGAUUGGCGCAGGAAAAUCGCACCCCAAAUGCUCCUCCGUCUGAGAAUGUCAAUGUGGAUGGGGCACGUCAGCAGAGGGAGCUUAUUGCUCAGCUGGAGGCCAAGAAUAAGGAGAUUAUGCGAGAAAUUGCUCGACUGAGACGGCAGCAAGAGGCAGAGCAGAUGAAUCAGGAGAGUCCGGCACUGAUGAAUGAACUGAGGGCACUGAGGCAGAGAAAGGGCGAACUUGAGGGUCAUUUAGGUGCUCUCCAGGACUCACGGCGUCAAUUGAUGGCCCAACUGGAGGGAUUGAUGCGUAUGCUGAAGAAUCAUCAAACUUCCAGUCCUCGGUCUACGCCAAACUCCAGUCCACGUUCAGGAAAGAGCCCUCCUCUGCCACAAGGUCCUCAGAAUACCAUCACGAGGAAUACGGCACACCAGACGCAAAUGACUGGUAUUCCCGGAAACAAUUUGAAUGAUAAUAUGCCGCAAUUGGGUGGAGAUGGAAGAUCAAACUUUGCUGCAGCUCCACCAUCAAAUGGAACACCGCAUCUUGGAACAGCCGGCAGGCCAAUUCGUACGGAUUUGCACUUUGCAGCUGAUUCUGUAACUCAUGCCAUGUCAUCUCUUGUUCGAGAAUUGAAUUCUGAAGGAUCAGAAGAUGAGACAACGAAAAAUAUUCAAAAAUCUCUGGAUUUCGAUGACUCGCAGAAUUAUCAGGAUUGGAGUGAGAAGGAUAAUUCAAAUAGUCAGUGGCAGGAGCAAUUUGCUCAGUGGAAUAUAAAUACCCAAAAGUAGAGACAGAAAAUAACGCCAAAUCUUUUGAAAAUCUAUUCCUUUGAUAAGUGCAUUUUGCAAAUCGGUUCUCUUUUUUUUUGUUCAAUUUACCUUCGGAGAAUCUCAUCAGAUGGAUAUUUGAGUGAGUGAAAGAUAAAACAUUCCCUUGCGGAAGAACGAAAUCUCCCAAUUUUGGUGAUUUCCUUAAAAAAAAAGAAUAACGUAUACACUUCCGUUACUUAAGUUUUCUUGCAAUGUAUUUCCGCAAAGCACGCAAUGUGCAUCCAAGCGGUAGAAUUGUAUAGUUUUCCACAUUGUUAUUGUUAAUAAUUUUAAUUGAGAAAAUGAGAGUUUUAAAUUAUCUACUUAAAAAGUAUUAAGUGUAGGGCCUAAUAUUAUAUAUUUGCUGAGUACCUAAAAUAGGAAGGAGCAUCAUUAAUUCCUGCAAGAAUUAGCAGUGAGUAGAGAGUAGUAGAAAUGUCGAAGGACUCUUUUUUUUUAACUGCUGAGGUGUCCCAAUCUAAAAUAAUUUAAUAAACAUGCAAUUUAGCAAAACUUUCUUCCACAAAAAAGCAACUAAACCACGCACAAAUCAAAUCUUCCUGAUUGUUUUAUAAAAGGAAGAAGCUAGCUCGUAGAGAACCUACAAUAAUUACCAUAAAA